ACAUAAUAGAAAUUAAGAAAAUGGAAAACUCUGCCCUUAUCAUUGUCGAUGUUCAAAAUGAUUUUUGUGAGGAAGGAUCUCUUCCUGUUCAAAAAGCUUCCGAAAUCAUUCCAAAAAUCAACAAAGUCAGAAAAUACUUUAAACAUGUGAUAUUCACAAAAGAUUGGCAUCCUUAAGAUCAUGUCUCUUUCAAAAUAAAUCAUCCAAAUUUGGAUAAACUAACUUAGAAUGAUAUUUAAAAUCUUUGGCCAGUUCAUUGUGUCUAAAAUACCUAUGGAUCAGAAUUACACAAAGACAUUUAAAAAGAAAAUAGUGAUAUAACUGUUUUAAAAGGAACAAAUUCUAAAUAUGAUAGUUAUAGUGGAUUUGGAUGCCAAGAAGAUAAGACAAACCUAAAUGAGAUAGUAAUUAUCAUUUAAAUUAUUUAGCUACAAUCCUUGAAUGUGAAUACAAUUUAUGUUGGUGGACUUGCAUUAGAUUAUUGUGUUCUUUUUACAGUUAUUGAUGCCCUCAAAUUAGGUUAUAAAGUAAAAGUUUUAAAGGAUUGCACUUAAGCAAUAGACCCAGAUAAUGCCAAAAAUAAAAUGAAUUCAUAUUUUACUGAAAUUCGUCGUUAAAACAACAAAAUUUAGGAAAAUUCCUUACAGGUUUUAACUUCUUUUGAUAUAGAUGCAUGA